UUCCUUAUUCUACCUUUUGAUUCCAGUACAGAUGUUGGAUCAUCCUCAUAUCUCUUCAUCAAUACCAAUUUCCUUUAACGGCUAACUAUAACGAUAUAUGUGUUGGACCAUUCUCAUAUCUAUUCCAUGAAGACCAAUCUUCCUUAACGCCUGUAUUAAUUUCUGUUCACUUACUCUUAACAUUUAAUGAUCUUGCUGUUUCACCUAAAUUAAUUUGUAUUUACAAAAAAAUCUGAAGUACAAAUGGAAACGUUAAAAUAAACCUAUUUUCAACUAAAAUUGUAGUUAAAUUUACCUUUCAAAUUGGAAAUUGUUUUCAGGACACAGUUUUUGAAAUUUAAACAAAUUCUUAAACAAAAUACUACAACACCUUGACUAAAACAAAUUUCAACUGAUAUCAUACACCAGGGAAUAAACUUUUCUGAUAAAAUUAACCGAUUAACACUAAGACAAAAAUUGGUGGUAACGUCAUUUUCUUUUUUUUUUAUUUAUAUUUAUUUUAUAUUUUUUCUUAUUUUGAAUAGUUUGUUUAAAAAUAAAAAGCAUACUAAAAACAGGACUGCAUUUUAAAUUGUAAAAAAGAAUAUAAAAUAACUAUUUAAUAUAUUCUACUUUAGAAAGGAACACUAAAAAAUUAUGCAGCAUGCUAGAGUAUCAGUCUUCACAAAAUCAUGAAGAAUUUGUCGAAAAAAAUCCGGUGGUUCUACCACAAAACGAUGGAAAAUUAUCGUUAACUAAGCUCUGGGAAACUAUUGUACGUACAAAUCGUCUUCCAGAUGGCAUCAGUGAAACCUUUCUCUAUGAAGAGGUUCGUGACAAACUACGAGACCCAGAAAAAGAAGUCCGCCAGCACGCUCUCAGGGUACUUAUGGACUUAAUAAAGGUAACUCAACCUUCAAACCUAGAUAUCCGGAUGCAAGACUUGGUCCCUGAAAUCCUAAAAAUAUUAGGUCACUCCGCUCCAUCCUUAAGAAAAAGUGCUUUAGAUUCCCUUAAGAAAUAUUUAAAAGUUAGUAAAAAUUACAACUACCUCAUGAGAGAGUUGCUGAACUCUCCUGACCAUUUGACCAAUGCAGCUCCUUUUUUGAUAAAUCGUGAAACGGAUGAUUUGACAGUGAUACUGGUAAUAGAACAGUUAUGGAAGGAACUAGAAGAUCCUACCGUCAAUCAAGAGAUUCCUGCAAAAUCUCUAGCCAGAUUAAGGUAUAAUCUUGGAGAUGAUAGAUUCAAACACCUAAUAGGUCUACUAAGGUAUCGAAAACUGCAAGAAAUUUGUGAAAUCUACGGUCUUCCAAUGGACUACAGUGACGGAGAAGCUGCCCAUAAUGAUAAGGAAUUAUGGAGCAGCGACGAGAUGAUCGAAGACAGAGUCAUCUUGGAGACCGAAAUAACUUUAAAAACUGGCCCUGCGAUCACUAUGAAAAUACACGAAGAAAGCAGACCUAGCAGUUCCAUAAGCAAUUCGGCAGAAAUCGAAGAAAAUUCCAUUGGUGUUGUUAAAAUUCUUCCAGAUGAUAGUGAAAGUGAUUAUGAAGAAGCGAGAAAAACGCCAAGAACUCCAAGAAAAGUACGUUUCGGGGGAGAAUCAGUGAAAUUACGCACCCCCGAGAGUGAUAGUAGUAAUCAAGACGAACCAAAAAAUGCGUUACUAAUAACUGUUACAGACGCAGUUAUUAAACAUAGGUUGCAUAGAUCAGCACCAAAUUUGAGCCGAAAUUAUGGUAAUACGAAGAUACCGUUUAAGCGAGAUUCUAAUAUCAAAGAAAAGUUCAAAAUAAGUGACGUAAAUGAAUUCAGUCAAAUCAAGCUAGAACCAAAGAAAAUGACAAAUAUUAAACUAAGAAUAAAUACAAAAAACAAAUCAUCAGACCAUUUAACUGUACCGAACGUUAUGACACCAACCUUACCAUCGGAUCCCAUCAACCGUUCAAAUAACACCAGUCCUCUUCUUCAAUCAGUCCUGCAUAAACCAAUUGAAGUUUUACAUAACCUUACCAGAAGUCCUGUAGCAAAACGCCGUCCCAGCACUGUAGAUGUUUGUGGCCAAUCGAAUAAUAGUACCAGUAAUGCAUUUAACAGCUUCCAAGUUUGUCCAGCAAUAUCACAGGAAGAAUCUUUCGACUCUAAAUCUAUAGAAUCUAAGGAGACAGAAGACUUCUUCGAUAGCUUCCAUAUCUAUCCAACAUUGCAAACUUCUCAGGUUUUAUCUUUACCACCCGUAGAUAUCAGAAAUAAUAACUCUAAUAAUGGUAAUAACUCUUCUCAGGUUUUGUCUUUACCUCCUGAAGAUAUCAGAAACAAUAACUCUAGCAAUGGGAGUGAAACAAAAUCAUCGUUUGAGAAAAGUGAUAGCAAGGAUACGGAAAACACAGCUUAUAGUGAUUCUCCAAGUUCCUUGGGCAGUAAAGUAAAAGCUUUGGACUAUAAUCAACCCCGUGCUUUAGAGUAUAUUCCAGCAGAAAGGAAAAAUGAUUACGACAGUUUUAUGGUAUACCCAAAUGUUGGCGGACUUAGUCAAGAUGAUAAAGCUACUAGUGUGCAAAACGGAUUAAAGGAAGAUCUGGAUUUCAGUAGCCGGUGGCAAUUAUCCUCAUUAAGCUCUGAGGACAAUUUGUGGAAUAAAUCUGAAGCCCUGGAUAAUCUAGUGAAAAUGCUUAAACAACCUGGUACCUGUGAAAACUUAGAACCGGGACCGGCCGCAUUAUUAUUUGAAGCUUUGUUUGCCUGCCAAAAUUUUGACAAACUUCACUUUUUAGCUGAUGAUGCUCUAACUUUAAUGGUAAAAAAUAUCAGACCUGAAGUUCUCGAGCAAUGUCUUGGACGAAUAAGUUUGGGUAUAUGUAAAAUAGGUGCACCUUCAGGGAUAAAUCUCUCAAUGGAAAUAAUGAAAAAAUGUCCACCCAAACGAUUUUUGUCUGAAGUUAUAGAUAGAUGUUUCGCCCAUAAAACAAGAGAAGGUGCCCUGCAAGUAUUAAUGGCUUCAGCGAGACUUCUUCCCAGAAGUGAUUUAGAAAUCGUUAAAAUGACGGAGUUUUCUUCAGCGACUUUAAGAGAUCGAAGGCGAAAAGUUAGACAUGCAGCACUCGAAACUCUAGCAUCACUAGCUCAACUUUGUUCGAAUACUGAAGUUUUAGAUAUUGUCGAACGGGUCACAAAAGCUGCCCCGGAUCAUUUGUAUCUUGUGAGAGUGGUAAGAACAAGACUUUCCCGUAGACAGCUACCGACCAUUGAAUUGGACGGCACGGUGCGCUACUCAUCUCCAAGAGAUCAAACAGAAUUAGACUGGCUAGCGGGAAGCGUAGCUACAGAUAGUCACUCAGUUUCAUCGUCUGCAUCAUCUUCUAAUCAAUCGGUUAAUUAUUGGAGAAGAAAUUCAAGGCACGAAGAAGAGUACAAGCGGAUUGAUUCUGUACAGUCUUCUCUUAAUGAUGAAAGUGCCAAUGGUAAUCAACAAAUUUGGGCAGUUGACCCUUCUGUCUUCCCUCGAAAUGGAUCUGUCAAGGAAAAAAAUACCAAAGGGAAAUCGCCGACCCUUCGUCCUGUAUACAUCCUCCAACCGGAGGCGGUAACCGAAGGAGGCAGAGGCCACCGCCGAUACGACCGAGGGAGAUCCUUUUCACCUCCUAAAUCGAAUCACAAGCAUCCUUCGCCCAAUGUAACAGCAUCCGUAACACAUCAACAAGUGGUUGCCACCCCUAGGCAUUUUAGGUAUAAAGAAGGCGUUCGGAAAAGCUUUUCGUCCGAGCAACUGUUUGUUGGGGAGAGAGAGCAACAUCACGAACCGUAUUCAUUUUCUUUAUCUAGUAGAUCAUCAACGACUUCAACGGGUUCUUCCACAAAAAGUGGCACCUGGCAUAAAGAAUUGAGGUCAGGAAUUCCAGUGCCUAUUACCUCAGAGACGAAAUUCAGACUGCGAACAAACGUUACAACUAAUAAUGUUGCUGGUCCCGUUAUAGCCCGUAGGUUAGUGAUUUUUUCCUGA